GGCCGCGCGCCCUAUAUAUUUGGAUCGCAUAGGGUUCGUCUUCCUCGAUCCAGGCCGCCUCCACACCACACCUCUGCGAGCACGACACGAGCUUUUCUCUUCGUAAUCGUCGUCGUCGUCCUCCUCCUCCUCCCCUCCGCCGGGGGCCGCCGAGCGGCGAUCCGUUGCUGGUGGAGACAGAAGUUGGAGUACAACCAAGAUGGCUGACAGCCAUGAAACUGACAAGAACAUUGAGAUCUGGAAGGUCAAGAAGUUGAUUAAAGGACUUGAUGCUGCACGUGGAAAUGGGACGAGCAUGAUAUCACUGAUCAUGCCACCUCGUGAUCAGGUCUCUCGAGUCACCAAGAUGUUGGGUGAUGAAUACGGAACUGCCUCAAACAUCAAGAGCAGAGUCAACAGGCAAUCUGUUUUGGCUGCUAUCACAUCUGCUCAACAAAGGUUGAAGCUGUACAACCGAGUUCCCCCCAAUGGAUUAGUGCUUUACACUGGAACCAUUGUCACAGACGAGGGCAAAGAAAAGAAAGUCACCGUUGACUUUGAGCCGUUCAGGCCAAUCAAUGCUUCAUUGUACCUUUGUGACAACAAGUUUCACACCGAAGCGUUGAAUGAGCUGUUGGAAUCUGAUGACAAGUUUGGCUUCAUCAUCAUGGAUGGCAACGGGACGCUGUUCGGAACACUCAGUGGCAACUCAAGAGAAGUUCUUCAUAAGUUUUCUGUUGAUCUCCCCAAGAAACAUGGACGAGGAGGGCAGUCAGCACUUCGCUUUGCCCGCCUACGCAUGGAGAAACGCCACAACUAUGUGCGCAAGACAGCUGAGCUUGCUACCCAAUUCUUCAUCAACCCUGCCACCAGCCAGCCAAAUGUUUCUGGGCUCAUUAUAGCUGGUUCUGCUGACUUUAAGACUGAAUUGAGUCAAUCUGACAUGUUUGAUCAGCGUCUACAAGCCAAGAUACUCAAGGUGGUUGACGUUUCUUAUGGUGGGGAGAAUGGCUUUAACCAGGCUAUUGAGAUAUCUGCUGAAGAGCUUUCAAAUGUCAAGUUCAUUCAAGAAAAGAAGUUGAUUGGGAAGUAUUUUGAAGAGAUUAGCCAAGACACUGGGAAGUAUGUUUUUAGUGUGGAUGAUACGAUGUCAGCACUUGAAAUGGGUGCAGUUGAGACACUGAUUGUGUGGGAAAAUCUUGAUAUCAACCGAUAUGUUUUGAAAAAUUCUGUCACUGGAGAAACUACGGUAAAGCACCUCAACAAGGCACAGGAGACAGAUCAGAGCAACUUCCGAGAUAAGGCGACUUCUGCAGAACUGGAGGUAAUAGAAAAGACCUUGUUGCUCGAGUGGUUUGCAGAAAAUUACCGGCAAUUUGGUUGCAGCCUAGAGUUUGUCACGAACAAGUCGCAGGAAGGUUCUCAGUUUGUCAGGGGCUUUGGUGGGAUAGGGGGGAUUCUCCGCUAUCAGGUUGAGAUCAAUGCUUACGAAGACUUGUCUGAUGAGGAGUACGAUGAAGACUACGAAUAGCAAUCAAUUGAAACUUCAGUGAUUCCGGUCCGGGAGGAGCCUGUGCUGGCCCCGAACGCAUCGGGACAAGAGGAGGCCAAGACGUCCACAAGAUCAUCGGGGAACACUUAAGGGGUGAAGAGAAGACCUGAGACAUAGUGAUUGUCGCCAUGUCAUGAAGCAUGAUACCACUGCAGAAGUCAAGUUCUGUCCGUUUCAUGGGGAGAAUAAAUGAUGCAUUAUGAUUUCCUCCAUCGGAAGACCAUCAUAUUUAUUAGUAGUUAAAUUCUAAGUUAUCAAUAAGGAGUGGCUUCUAUGUCAGCCUAAACAUGUGCUCUAAGUCUGUCAUGCAUUGCUGCUGCUGCAGCUACUCGUGUUCGUAUAUUUUAGUAGUUAAAUUCUAAGUUGUCAAUAAGGAGUGGCUUCUAUGUCAGCAUGAGCAUGUGAAGUCGAGUCUGUGUGUUUUGUUGUUGCUGCUGCAGCAGCUACUCGUGGUUCUAAACUAAAGUGAGUCGUUAGUACUAUGUUUGGAUGUGUUAAGGCCUAUCAUGUUUAAACCAUGCAUAUCCAUGUUCAUCUUCUACUUCA